UUCAACUCUUCAACUCUUCAACUUUAAACUUCCUCAUCUCUCCCUCUCUGUAUUCCUCAACUUCGCACUGGCGAAUAGAGGUGCAUUUUACUCCAUCUACAAAUCAUUCAAUAUUUCGCUCUCCCGGCGUAAUACUUUGUUUUUCCUUCUUAAUUCGUCAUCUCAUCCUAAGGGUCACGGGCGAUCAAAAUAAAUCACCCCGCCUUGUCGUCCCGGUCUUUUCGCCACUACAGCAACUACAGCGCUUGAAGCGAAUAGUAUUUCACUGCUGCAGCAACCAUGGCCGACAGGUUCAUUCCCGAGCAUCGUCGCACUAACUACAAGGCGAAGGGCACUUUCAAGCCCGACGAAUUGCGCCGACGACGCGAGGAGCAGGCUGUUGAGAUUCGCAAGGCUAAGCGAGAAGAAAACUUAGCCAAGAGACGAGGUAUCGGCUCUGGCGAUUCGCGCCCUGGCGCUUCUUUGGGCGCCGCUCCUGACAGUGACGAUGAAUCUGCCCCUACUGAGAGUCAGCUCAAUGAAGACCUUCCUCAGAUGGUCCAAGGUGUAUUCUCCGACCAGAUUGACCUACAGAUCCAGGCUACUACCAAGUUUAGAAAGCUUCUUUCCAAGGAGCGAAACCCUCCCAUCGAAGAAGUCAUCAAGACUGGUGUUGUUACUCGAUUUGUCGAGUUCCUUCGGUCACCCCAUACUCUAGUUCAGUUCGAAGCUGCUUGGGCUUUAACCAACAUCGCAUCAGGAAGUGCUACCCAGACUCAGGUUGUCAUCGAGGCCGGUGCAGUUCCCAUCUUCGUCGAGCUACUAUCAAGCCCCGAACCUGAUGUCCGUGAGCAGGCUGUUUGGGCUCUCGGCAACAUUGCCGGCGACAGCCCAUCAUGCCGUGACUACGUCUUGAGCUGCGGUGCCCUUAAACCCCUGCUAAACCUGCUAGGUGAUAGCCGCAAGCUUAGCAUGCUUCGAAAUGCUACUUGGACUUUGAGCAACUUCUGCCGAGGCAAGACUCCCCAACCUGAUUGGACUACGAUUGCACCAGCACUUCCGGUUCUUGCUAAGCUGGUCUAUUCACUCGACGAUGAAGUCUUGAUUGAUGCUUGCUGGGCUAUUUCAUACCUAUCGGACGGAUCCAAUGACAAGAUACAGGCUGUUAUUGAGGCCGGUAUCCCACGUAGGUUGGUGGAAUUGCUUAUGCAUGCUUCCACUUCCGUGCAGACACCCGCGCUACGAUCAGUUGGUAAUAUUGUUACUGGCGACGACGUUCAGACGCAGGUCAUAAUUAACUGCGGCGCUUUGUCGUGCCUCCUGUCGCUUCUUAGCUCCAACAAAGACGGAAUCCGUAAGGAGGCGUGCUGGACCAUUUCCAACAUCACCGCAGGUAACUCCCAACAAAUCCAGGCUGUCAUCGACGCCAAUAUCAUUCCGCCCUUGAUUCAUCUGCUAUCAAACGGUGAUUUAAAGACCCGCAAAGAGGCAUGUUGGGCUAUUAGCAAUGCUACCAGUGGCGGUCUGCAGAAGCCGGAGCAGAUCAGAUAUCUGGUUGCGCAAGGUUGUAUCAAGCCGCUAUGUGACCUCCUCGCGUGCCCGGAUAACAAGAUUAUCCAAGUCGCUCUAGAUGGUCUAGAGAAUAUUCUCAAGGUCGGUGAUCUCGACAAACAAGCAGCUGGAGAAGGCCCAGACUCCAUCAACCGCUACGCACUUUUUAUUGAGGAGUGUGGAGGUAUGGAGAAGAUUCACGACUGCCAGACAAACGCAAACGAGGAGAUCUAUAUGAAGUCUUACAACAUCAUUGAGAAGUACUUCUCCGACGAGGAUGAGAAUGCCGAUGAGGGUAUGGCUGCUCAGACCCAAGCUAAUGGCACGUUCGGUUUUGGCACCAAUGGCGCACAAGGCGGCGGCUUCAACUUCGCUAACGGUGGAGACUCUAUGGAUAUGUAAGGCAGCGUAUCCUUACAUGGGAAUUCGCGAGGCCCGAUAUCAUGAAUUCACUGGGCAAUCUAGCACAUAGUCACAGCACCGAUAUCACCCCCCCAUUUCCCCCUGCUUUGCCCCGCAUUUAGCCCAUCCCCCACCCAAGUCCCAUUGCGAAUGGUGUUAAUCAAGUUAUGAGGA